AUGCCAUCAACACUGGGGGUUGGAUCACUCUUUGCUGUGGGGGACUGUCCCAUGCAUUGUCGGGUAUUUAGCAGCCUCCUUGGUCUCUUACAGGGCUUUCCUGGGGGCUCAGCUGAUAAAGAAUCUGCUUGCAAUGCAGGAGACCCCAGUUUGGCUCCUGGGUUGGGAAGAUCCCUUGGAGAAGGGGACAGCUACCCACUCCAGUAUUCUGGCAUGGAGAAUUCCAUGGACUGUGUCCGUGGGGUUGCAAGGAGUUGGUCACGACUGAGCGACUUUCCCUUUCACGUUUUGGUCUCGUUCUCUCUAGAUGACAGUGGCACCCCUAGUGUGACAACCAGAAACUUUCCCAGCUGUUGCCGGACGUCCCUGGGGGGGCGGAGUCGGGGUGGGGGGGUAGAGUCACCCCCAGCUGAGAACCACUGGCCUAGCAACUAA